UCCUGUCUCGGUAGCGGCGGGGGACGCGCUCGCCCGGCGGCCGCGAUGGGGGGGGGAGACCUGAACCUGAAGAAGAGCUGGCACCCCCAGACACUGCGCAACGUCGAGAAAGUGUGGAAGGCGGAGCAGAAGCAUGAGGCCGAGAGGAGGAAGAUCGAGGAGCUGCAGCGGGAGCUGCAGGAGGAGCGGGCGCGGGAGGAGAUGCAGCGCUACGCCGAGGACAUGGGCACCAUGCGGAAGCGUGAGGAGAAGCUGGAGUGGAUGUACCAGGGCCCCGGGGGGAUGGUGAACAGGGACGAGUACCUGCUGGGACGCCCCGUGGACAAGUUCAUCCUGGACAAGGUUGGGGACAAGGACAGCGCUGGGGACACGGGGCUGCUGCCCGGCUCCAUCUUUGCCAGGGCCGGGGCCAGCUCCGUGCUGGACAUGGCCACCAAGAUCCGUGAGGACCCGCUCUUCAUGAUCAGGAAGAGGGAGGAGGAAAAGAAAAGAGAAGUUUUAAACAAUCCGGUGAAAAUGAAGAAAAUCAAAGCCUUGCUGCAGAACAGUUUGGAUAAAAAGGAGAGGAAGAGGAAGAAGGAGAAGAAGAAGAAGAAGCACAAGAAGCACCGGCGGCGCAGCUCCAGCAGCUCCAGCUCCAGCUCUGAGGAGGAGAGGCCCAGAAAUAAGUCUCAGAAGAGGGUGGAUAAUUCCUCCUGGAAGGCUGCUCCUUCCAAAAUCCCGGGAUAUGGCUUACAGGUGAGGGACCCCGAGGCAGGGCUGCGCUCCCGGGGCUCCCCGGGCCAGGACAGGGCCCUCCGGGAGCGCUCCCGGAGCCCGUCCCGCUCUCCCCAGAGACAUUCCAGCAGGAGGAACCCCCAGAGGAGCUCAGCAUCCCCGUCCAGGCACAGCAAACAGCACAGCAACCGUGAGGAGAAGGGCAGAGCCAGGAGCCCUUCCCCCAAAAAGAGCUUCCGGCGCCAGCGCCCCCCGGGCUACACCAGAAAGAUCUCUCCUGAGGAGCUGGAGCGAAAACGUCAGGAAAUGAUGGAAAAUGCCAAGUGGAGGGAAGAGGAGAGAGCCAACAACCUCAGGAAGCACCGCAAGGAGGAGGAGCUGGAGAAGGAGCUGGAGAAACUCGACUCCAGGGAUGGGAAAUUCUUCCACCGUUUGAAGCUGGAGAGUGCCUCCACCUCCAGCCUGGAGGAUCGGGUCAAGCGCAACAUCCACUCCCUGCAGAGGACUCCUGCUGCCCUGGAAAAGAACUUUAUGCAGAGGUGAAGCCUGUCCUGGCCCUACCCUGGGCAGGAGCUCAGUGGAUGUUUGUUCCCCGAGGUGAGAGCUCUCCAGGAACAAUUCCAGCUCCCUCAGAGGAUCCCGGAGCUGAGCCCUUGGAGCCCUCUGCAUUUGGGGCCUUUGUGUUCCAUUUCUAACCUAUUGCCAGAGCUUCUCCUCCUCUCCCCAUCCCGACUGGUGUCACUUUUGUACAUUAUUACCAAGCUCUGCUUCCUUCUGUGCCAGAGCUGAAGAUCUACUUUUGUUAAUCCUUAAAAUCCAGAACAGAACCGAUGCACACAUGAGGCAAUCCAAUGGAAUUUGGCAGAACUACGCCAACCCUGUUCCACACUGUCACCCUUUGCACCCACACCUCACGGUGGGGUGUCUGUGGCUGGCAUUUGGUGGCUCACAGAUUUAUUUCAUUGAUCUCUGACCCAAAAGAAGCAGUUUCUGAGGGGGGAAAAGGGAAUGAGCGGAGCGUAGCUGACACAGCAAACAUUUCUCUGGGAUUUUGUAAUGUAAGUAAUGUGUAUAUGUACA